CUUCCAUGAACAUAGCUUCCUUUCCCAAACCCUCUGCACCGAGAAGAAGGUGGGUUGCAACCCAUCUCCCCAGCAGGCCAUCACAACCAGAGACUUGAACAAGUCAAUCAAUUGGCUGGGAACAAAACAAAUCUGAAUAAAAAUAGACAGCCAAACACAACCCAAUCAAGAAGAGAAGAGUCCGGUGAAUGGGGAGAUGGAGAGCUUCUCCUCUCCUUUUACGCUUCGCCUCCAUUUCUAAAUGCAUUAACCCGAAUCCUAACGGUUUUCGGCCUAUCAAACCCAUUCAUCUUUCACUUGCUUUAAUACCCAGAACUAGAUUUUGUAGUUUCAGGGCAUUCUCGGCACUCCCAUCUCCAUCCCCAAUCUAUGACAAUGAAUUCGAUCUCAGUGCCAAUGAUUUUGUUCAGAGUUCCGUUUUGGACUCCGAGGAAGAAGAGGAAAGUGGAAAGAUCCCAGUCAAAGCUUUUUUUCUUUGCACCAGUAUUGAUUUGAAGAGCAUGCAAGCUGAGAAUUCAAGCAAUGUUCUUCCUGUCUCUCGCUCAUCAAACUAUAUUGCUCUCAGAUUUUUCAAUUUCCCUUCAGAAACUACAGGUAUCAGAGUUGAAGGGAAUCCAAGCUGCCAUCGUUACAUGGUUGUAUUCCAGUAUGGAUCAGCUGUCUUGUUCAACAUGGAGGAUCAUGAAGUUGAAUCAUACCUGCAAAUUGUUAGAAGACACGCUUCUGGAUUGCUCUCAGAAAUGAAGAAAGAUGGUUCGUUCUUUUGA